UAGUAACCCAGAACCAAAGUCUACGUCAAUGUCAAACUAACAUCCGUCUGUCUUUUCGUGGAAGUGGUGUCACUUUGUGAAGAUCACAAUGGGGCGCCGGCCAGCGAGAUGUUACCGGUAUUGUAAAAACAAACCAUACCCUAAAUCACGGUUCUGUCGUGGUGUGCCCGAUCCCAAGAUCCGUAUCUUCGACUUGGGUAAGAAGAAGGCUACGGUGGACGACUUCCCACUAUGCGUCCACUUGGUGUCUGACGAAUACGAGCAGCUUAGCUCCGAGGCUCUGGAAGCAGGCCGUAUUUGCUGCAACAAGUACCUUGUCAAGAACUGCGGCAAAGAUCAGUUCCACAUCCGCAUGAGGCUGCAUCCAUUCCAUGUCAUCCGCAUCAACAAAAUGUUAUCGUGCGCUGGAGCUGAUAGGCUCCAGACUGGGAUGCGUGGUGCUUUCGGCAAGCCCCAAGGUACCGUAGCGCGUGUGCGCAUUGGUCAGCCCAUCAUGUCCGUGCGCUCCAGCGACCGUUGGAAGGCGCAGGUCAUCGAGGCUCUGCGUCGUGCCAAGUUCAAGUUCCCCGGCCGUCAGAAGAUCUACGUCUCCAAGAAAUGGGGCUUCACCAAGUACGAGCGUGAAGAGUUUGAGAAGCUGCGUGAGGACGGUCGUCUAGCCAAUGACGGUUGCAACGUCAGGUACCGCCCUGAGCACGGACCCCUCGACGCGUGGAGGAAGAUCCAAAAUGAGAUCUACAGCAUGUAAAUCUUUAACAUCAAUAAUUAUACCAUGAAACAACAA